UUUCUCCUCAGCAGCCGUUUGCAUGAAUGCACGGAGCCGCUGGUCAGACCAGUUUUCUACUCCUGCUUGUGGCCUAAUUCCAACAUUGGCUUCGGGGAGUUUGCACAGUGCGCAAUCUGCAUCCGAGCCCAUCCUCCUAUGCCGCAUUUUAUGGAAACACCUUUUGUAACCCCCAACGUGGGAUGCAUCGAGGAUUUCGUCUGUGACUGACCUCAGAACGGCAAAGCGCAAGCCAACCCCCUCGACAGCUGUGAGUCUUUCAUUCGUGGACCAUGUUCUCCUCCGCGACCCCUUACAAGAACCAGCACUACAGUGAGCUGAAGAAGGACUGCAUCAAGAGUAAAAAACUGUUUGAGGAUCCCGAAUUCCCGUGCGUAGAUGCGUCACUGUAUUUUCGGAAACCGCCACCUGGUAUGGUGCAAUGGAAACGUCCCGGGGAGAUCAGCAAUGACCCUCACCUGUUUGUGGAGGGGGUCAGCUCGCACGACUUGCACCAGGGCUCAGUGGGGAACUGCUGGUUUGUGGCCGCCUGCUCGUGUCUGGCGCUGAAGCCCAACCUCUGGAAGAAGGUAAUUCCUGACUGGAAGGAGCAGGAGUGGGACUCCAAACACCCGGAGAACUACGUCGGAAUCUUCCACUUUCAGUUUUGGGUGUUUGGAAAGUGGGUGGAUGUGGUGGUGGAUGACCGGCUUCCGACAAUCAACGGGGAGCUCAUCUACUGUCACUCCAACGACAACAACGAAUAUUGGAGCGCCUUGCUGGAGAAAGCCUACGCAAAGCUCUCCGGCUGCUACGAGUCACUGGAGGGGGGCAACACUGGAGACGCUGUGGUGGACUUCAGUGGAGCUGUGGCGGAGGCCAUCAACCUGGAAGCGGAAGCUUACUAUAAAGACCAGGAAAAGCUGGACCACCUCUUUGCGGAUCUGCUCAAGGUGUACGACCGUGGCGGAAUCAUCAGUUGCUCCAUUAAGGCGCAACCUCAUGAAAUCGAGCUGAAGUUGGCCAACGGGCUGGUGAAAGGUCACGCCUACUCGGUGACAGCAGUGAACAGGGUGCGUCUGGGUCACGGGCUGAUAGCCUACUUCAAGAAUGAAACCAUCCCCAUGAUCCGCAUGAGGAACCCGUGGGGCAAGACUGAGUGGAACGGAGCCUGGAGCGACAGCUCUGAGGAAUGGUCAAAGGUCGGUGACACAGAAAGGGACAACCUUGGCAUCACAGUGGAGGACAACGGAGAGUUCUGGAUGUCUUUCACGGACUGGUGCAAGCACUUUACCGAUGCAGACGUGUGUCGCCUCAUCAACACGUCGGUGAUCAGCAUCCAUAAGACCUGGCAUGAGAUUGUCCACUUUGGGAGCUGGACCAAGCAAGCGGAGCCUCUCUUAAACCGCUGCGGAGGCUGCGCUAACCACAAGCAAACAUUUCUGCAGAACCCACAGUACGUUUUUGAUGUGACAAAGGAGGCCGACGAGGUCCUCAUCUCCUUACAGCAAAGAGAUAUGAAAAUCCACAGGAAAUUCGGGCAAGGGGAAAAUCUCACCAUCGGCUUCAGUAUCUUCAAGGUGGAACUGAACAGAAAAUACAGGCUGCACGACAUCCUGACCCAGAAGUCCGUGGCGACGUCGACCUACAUCAACGCCCGCACGGUCUUCAUGAGAUGCACGCUGCAGCAGGGCCGCUACGUCAUCCUGCCCACCACCUUCAAGCCUCACACACUGGGCGACUACAUGAUGCGACUCUUCACUGACGUGGACUCGGGCUGCAGGGAGCUGAGCGAGGAUAAGCCAAGGGUGAGAUGUUGGAGCUCUUUCUUGGGAUACCCACAAGUGGUGACCCACGUCUACGUCCAUGCUGCCGAGGGGCUGCAGAACCAGGACAGCUCAGGGGGAGCCGACCCAUAUGUGAUCGUAAGCUGUGAGGGCCAGUCUGUGAAAUCGAUGGUCCAGAAGGACACUUUGACUCCAGCGUUUGAAAUGAGUGGCGUUUUCUACAGAAAGAAGCCCAGGAAGCCUCUAACUGUACAGAUCUGGAACAGCAACGCAGUGCAGGACCAGUUCAUGGGCCAAGUGGUGCUGUCUGGUUUGGCGAAGGACACCUCCGACCCGCAGAGGCUGCGGCUGAGGAAGCAAGGCCGCAACAUGGCCGACGAGAUGCCCGGCAGCGUCACUCUGAGAAUAGUCACUUCCACUCAACUCACCGCCAUUUAAGGCUCCGUGCGCAACUGUGAAAACAAUGACAUUAAGGUCAUUAAGGUCAUCACUUCCUAUGAUUUGCAUUUUUGUAAAGCAAGGCAAUGUUGGAUCGCGUGAAUGUCGGUUUUGUAACCGUCUCUGUAUCUUAUGAGUAACUUAUACAUUUUGUACUAUACAACUCUUUCCACUCAUCUUAAUAUACAUUCAAUGAUUUUUUUUUUCUUUUUUAUUCACUUAACAUGUUUUGUAUCAUAUCGGGAGGUGUUUCUAAUAUUUUGGUUACAUUCCAAACGGCAAAAUAUUUCAAACAGGUCCAAGUAUGAUGCAUUAAAACCAGAUUAAUAUGUGACAAUGUCAA